AUGUCGUUUUAUCAGAGAGAUGCCUCUGAUCUGCAGACGCAUUUUGAAGCAAGAGGAAGAACGGCUGAAUAUGUCCCACCACUGUCGUCACAAACUCGAACCCCGGACUUUUCCAAAACUAAAUGGUCUGGAACGCCCACUCGAUUCAAGACUAUCGGGAAUAAAAAAGUGGACACAAUUAUCUCCGGUCAUUUAACUCAGGAACAACUUGAUGCAUACCAACAGAUUUUCCGUAUAGAAGAGAUCUCGGAUAUUUUGAGGACCGCUCAUCAGAAUCAUGGCGAAGUUGUGAGUUUAUUACCACUGGGGAAUUUGAAUAAGAAUCCUCAAUUAAUGAGAGACCCCAGUCCCCCUCCCAAAUAUGACAAGCUCGGAAAUAGAACCAAUACCCGAGAACAAAGAACCAAAAAUAUGCUUGAGAAGGAGAGACAUUUUUUGGUGGAAACAGCUGUAAGCAGUAUUUCUAACUUUGUAGCCCCCAUGGAUUACAGGAAACCUAUUAAAACAUUUGAGAGAUUGUAUGUACCUGUCAAAGAUUAUCCGGAUAUUAAUUUUGUGGGGUUAUUAUUAGGACCGAGAGGUAAUACUUUAAAGCAGAUCCAAGAAAGAAGCGGUGCUAAAUUAGCUAUAAGGGGGAAAGGUUCAGUUAAAGAUGGGAAAUCCACUUCAAUUGGAAAUGAUGAUAAUGAUGAUGGUUCUGCAGGUUCUUUGGUUUCAUUUUCUCAUCCAUACUUGGAUUUUAAUAGUGAUGAUUUACAUGUGGUUAUCACUGCAGAUUCCCAAAAGAAGAUAGCUGAAGCCAUUAAGAUGACCAAUGAAAUUAUUGAAAAGGCCAUAAUGUCACCUUUUGGACAGAAUGAUUUGAAGAGGGAUCAGUUGAGAGAAUUGGCGGUAUUGAAUGGUACCUUGAGGGAAACUAAGCCAUAUGACCCUGAUGCAUUCAAGAAACGUCAAGAAGAUAGACAAAAGAGACAGCAGUUUGAUAUUUCCAAGAUUGUUUGUAACAGAUGUGGUCAUGUUGGACAUUAUGCAAGAGAUUGUAAAGUCAAUGGGUAUACAGCAAGCGUUCAAGGAUCUCCUGAACCCCAUAACUAUGGUGGAAAUGGUACAAACUUUAAAUCAAAUCCAAGAUACGGGGGAUAUAGUAAUGGACCAGACACUACUACCUCCACUACUUCAGGAGCUUAUGGAGAGUCUCAAGGCAGUUACAAUGGUGGAUAUAAUAAUUAUAAUGGAUCACAACCUAGUUAUGGGACUGUUCAAGGUGGAGGAUACAAUGCUCAACAACAAGUGGGGGGGUAUAAUGAUUUGAGAUCUUUUCAAGGUGGUGAUAAUAAUGCGUAUAACAGCAACAAUCAGCAUACUACGGUAUCAUUUAAUAAUAAUAAUAAUAAUAAUAAUAAUGCCUCCCAUUACCGAGGUAAUUAUAGAAAUAAUCAUGAAUCGCAACAUGGAGAUUUUACAUCAUAUGGUGGUAGUGGAUACAAAAGACAAGGAGGAGAGGAUGAUAGCAUGCCACCUUGGAAACGUUCUAGACCUGAUAGCUCUUCUCCUAAUUGGCAAAAUACUAAUUACAACCAAUCGCCUUCAAGUUCAGAUACUUUACAUACAAGAAGACCAGCUUACCAGGCAUACCAGCAACAUCAUCAACAACAACAGCAAAUGCCUUCAUACCAACAACAGUUGCCUCCAUAUCAACAGCAACAACCUCCACCUCCUCCAACCAUCAAAGCUAAACCACCUCCCCCACCACCUGGUAUCAAGUCUUCGGCGCCCCCACCUCCUCCACCUGGCGUAAAGACGGGUGUGCCCCCACCUCCUCCACCAGGUGUUAAGACUGGAAUCCCCCCACCUCCUCCAGGUAUAAAGGCUCCGGCCCCACCACCUCCAUCUAUAAAACCUCCACCUCCUCCACCAUCCUAG